GACGCUCGGUAGCUAAGCUAGCUGAGGAGAAAGCGGCGCGGCGCGGCGCCGGGAGGUGGGUUCUCGGCCAGCGCGACGGGCGGAGAUAAAUGUUCUUGAUGCAAGCAGAACCGGAAUGAUCUGGUCAUUUACCAAAACUCACUGAAGCAAACCCUUGUGAUAACUCCGGACAGUGUACCAUCCCAGGUGGAAAGGGUAUGGGAUGGCAAACAGGCUAGCAGAGAAGCCUCGGACAGAUCGCUGGUGGAUUUAGCUGCUCUUCGCCCCCUCCUGGCAGCCCCGGGCCUCCUCCUGGGCACGCCCUGCGCUAUGGACUCCCUGGGCUACAACUGCUUUGUGGACAGAGAUAAGAUGGACGCCACCAUCCAGGACCUGGGGCCCAAGGAGCUGAGCUGCACCGAGCUGCAGGAGCUGAAGCAGCUGGCGCGCCAGGGCUACUGGGCCCGCAGCUACACCCUGCGGGGGAAGGUGUACCAGCGCCUGAUCCGGGACAUCCCCUGCCGCACGGUCACACCAGAUGCCAGUGUGUACAGUGACAUCGUCGGCAAGAUCGUGGGCAAGCACAGCAGUGGUAGCUUGCCCUUGCCCGAGUUUGUGGACAACACGCAGGUGCCCAGCUACUGCCUGAACACACGGGGCGAGGGCGCCGUGCGUAAGAUCCUGCUGUGCAUCGCCAACCAGUUCCCUGAUGUCUCCUUCUGCCCCGCGCUGCCUGCGGUCGUGGCCUUGCUGCUCCACUACAGCAUUGACGAGGCCGAGUGCUUCGAGAAGGCCUGCCGCAUCCUGGCCUGCAACGACCCCAGCAAGAAGCUAAUCGACCAGAGCUUCCUGGCCUUCGAGUCUUCCUGCAUGACGUUCGGGGACCUGGUGAACAAGUACUGCCAGGCAGCCCACAAGCUGAUGGUGGCCGUUUCAGAGGACGUCCUGCAGGUCUAUGCGGACUGGCAGCGCUGGCUGUUUGGGGAGCUGCCCCUCAACUACUUUGCUCGCGUCUUUGACGUCUUCCUGGUGGAAGGUUACAAGGUGCUGUACCGCGUGGCGCUGGCAAUCCUCAAAUUCUUCCACAAGGUGAGAGCUGGGCAGCCACUGGAGUCAGACAACGUGAAGCAGGACAUCCGCACCUUUGUCAAGGACAUCGCCAAGACUGUGUCUCCCGAGAAGCUUCUGGAGAAAGCGUUUGCCAUCCGCCUCUUUUCUCGGAAGGAGAUUCAGCUCCUGCAGAUGGCCAACGAGAAAGCUCUGAAGCAGAAGGGCAUCACCGUCAAGCAGAAGAGGCAGUUUGUGCACCUGGCUGUUCACGCGGAGAACUUCCACUCAGAGAUCGUCGGCGUGAAGGAGAUGAGAGACAUCUGGUCAUGGGUCCCUGAGCGGUUUGCCCUCUGCCAGCCCCUCUUGCUCUUCUCCUCACUGCAGCACGGGUACAGCCUGACCAGGUUCUAUUUCCAGUGUGAAGGACACGAGCCCACCCUCCUGCUCAUCAAGACCACGCAAAAGGAGGUAUGUGGAGCUUACCUGUCAACAGACUGGAGCGAGAGAAACAAGUUUGGAGGCAAGCUGGGCUUCUUUGGUACCGGAGAAUGCUUCGUGUUUAGGCUGCAGCCCGAGGUCCAGCGCUACGAGUGGGUGGUCAUCAAACAUCCGGAGCUGACCAAGCCUGUGUCCUUGGAGUCUACCACCAUUCUGUCCUCGCCCUGCCGCUCUUUGUCCUCAGACCCUGCUGACCGCCUCUCGCCAUUCCUGGCUGCUCGACACUUCAACCUGCCCUCCAAGACGGAGUCCUUGUUCAUGGCCGGGGGCAACGACUGCCUCAUCAUAGGUGGAGGGGGCGGCCAGGCGCUCUACAUCGACGGGGACCUGAACCGGGGCCGCACGGGCCACUGCGACACUUUCAACAACCAGCCCCUCUGCUCUGAGAACUUCCUCAUCGCUGCCGUGGAGGCCUGGGGCUUCCAAGACCCUGACACCCAGUGAUAGGCGUGAGCUAACGAGCCUGAUGCUUCUGCUGGGCCUCAGUGUGCAGUCAUGCCUAAAGAGGCCGCCCAGGGAGGGGCCUUCCGUGACUGACCUCAAACCAGCCAACAUUUCCAGGGGCCUGCCUGGAGAAGCCUGGACCCCUGGAACCUUUUUCAGCCCUCCUCUCCAGCUCGGGCCCUCCUUAGCUCCCCUCCAGUCCUUGCGGCGACCGCAUUUCGCUGCAGUGACGUGGCCCAGGAUCCUGUCCAGACCCCUCAGCACGGCGUGCUGGCCUUGUCCAGCCCUACCCAUCUCACCUUCAUUGUGCUCCACACGCCCUCCCCAGCUCCCUGCCCCCGAGGCACCUUCCUGACGCACCCCUCUGCAUGGUACGAGUUCUCCCUCUGUGUCUCUCAGGGCUGUGUGAGCCCUGCAGGGAGUGGCCCUCCCACCCCAUGACCUCCCUCAGCUGGUCCUGAGGGCCUGGGCACACCCCUGAGGAAAGAGAGGAGAAGCGGACACCCAAGGGGCUGUGCCAAGGCCAUGGCAGCCUGGGCCACAGAUGCCAGGGGGUCCUGCCUCUCCAUGUCCCCACAUGCCACGCCUCUGUCCUCCACACCUUGCUUGCUCUUCCUGUGGGGUGCUCAUCCUCCCCUGCCCACCUACUCAGAUCCCCCCGAGCCAGGCCGAAGUGAUACAGAAGGAAGGACCGGGAACCCUGUGUGGCUUUGGGCAAGCUAGUGAACCUGUCUGGAACUGUUUCCCCAACUGUAAAAUGGGGCCAGUCAUCCUGCUGUGCUGUCCCCACAGGACUGCUGAGAGGCUCUGAGGGGCCAGUGUGAAUCCCUGUAGAAGGGAGAGGUGUUGGGAGGUGGUGUCACAGCUUACUCCCCCCUCACCAGACCCUGCAGCCCUCGCUGCCCCCUGUCUUCGAGCCCCCACAGCCCUCACCUGUACUUUGGUGUUCAUUAAACACGGUCUCGUUACAUGAA